AUGAAGCUCGCACAAUAUCUCGCACUUCUUCCACUUUGCUUGGCAAGCAGUAGCUAUUAUUUUGAUGGCUCUGCUACCAGCAAUGGAGAUGGCACUCAAUCAAGUCCCUAUAAUAGCUUGGCCUCCAUCCCGAAUCUGCCACUCUCUCCCGGCGAUAACAUUCUGCUCAAACGAGGCACCACUUUCGCUGGCCCGCUAUUGCUUAACAAAAGUGGUUCCGCGGGCUCAGUUAUCACAGUCAGUGCCUAUGGAGAUGUGUCGCAGUCGAAGCCCAUUGUUGGCGCAGGCACCGCCUUGAACUCAGUCCUGAUCCAAGGAGCUUCCUUUGUCACUGUUCAAGAUCUCAACAUCACCAAUCCAGGCGAUAAUACAACACCCCGCCGUGGUGUGUACGUGUAUGCGGCCGACGCCGGUCGAGUCCAGGAUAUUACACUACAACGUCUCUACAUUCAUGAUGUACGAGGUUGGAUGCCUUCCACAACAACUACCGGAAUUGCUACUGGGAAGUACGCGAAUGCUUCCGGUGGUAUUGUGAUUGAGGCAGCUGGUUCAACAACUCCAACUUAUUUUGAUGGCCUCGUCAUCCAAGAUAAUGAGAUCCGCUCGGUGGAUCGGCAGGGAAUCUACACCUGGACUAAUUGGUGCCAGAGAGAGGAGCUUGCCGCUUUUUGGAAAACGUUGUGCCUUAAGCCAUGGGCGGCGUCCUCUGGGUUGGUUAUUCAGAGAAAUCGUUUGUAUGAUAUUGGCGGAGAUGGAAUCGUUGUCAAGGGAAACAAUGAUGCCGAGGUCCUGAACAACACUCUUGUUGGUUUCAACCAGCGCUCCCAGUCCCCGAAUGCGGGAUUAUGGACCGCGAACAGUGUUGGCUCUGUCUUCCGAUAUAAUACUGUAUCAGGUGGAAAGACGACAAAUGAUGGAAUGUCUUAUGAUGUGGACCAUUCGACCUCGGGUACUCUUUUCGAAUACAAUGUCUCUCAUGACAAUGAAGGUGGAUUUUUCUUGUUUUGCCCUUACGAUAAGCCAACUCAAAACUUCACCAUCAGAUAUAACCUGUCCAUCAAUGACCGGGCAAGAAUCUUCCAGAUUUGCGCCGGAGCUCUCGUUGGGGGAAAGAUCUAUAAAAACACUGUUUUCAUCGGAGAUGGUCUCUCGCCCUACAUCGUUACAGAAGCCACGACCGCAACCCUCGAUGUUCAACUUACCAACAACAUCUUCAGGAAAGAAGGCUCUGGUACAGCUAAGUGGGGAUUGAGUGACACUACAUUUGCCGUGGACAACAAUGCAUUCUACGGCUCCAUCGACACUUACUCUAACGCUACCAAUUCGUUCACUGGUGCACCAGGUCUAGCCGCUCCUGGAUUGAGGGACCCGAAGGCGUACCAACUCUUGACCGGAUAUGCCACCUUGGAUUCUGCAACCACUGUACCAGGUGAUGCAGCCGUGGAUUUCUUCAAUAAUCCCACAAGCGUGCACAAGAAUCGGGGAUUCUACUCUGGUGCUGGAACAAAGAUUCCGACAUGGAUUACUCGCUUCGAUGACUCGAGUCUAUCCGGGUGGACCACCACGGGAACGGCAUCUGUUGUAGCGGACCCCUCUGGCGGGCUAGGUAAUUCGCUUUCGCUCGCUUCUGGUGCUUCAAUCACCAGACCUAUUUCCCUCACUGCUCCGUUCCGCCUUAAUUUGAGAAUUUGGACUCCCGCUGGCACUGGCACAUUGCCAUCGGUGGAAAUCCAGGGGAUUUCUAAGUCUGCUACCGUGCAAUUUGUUGCUGCUACACCCUACAGACAAGGGGAAUGGCAAAUUCUGGAAAUCGCUUUCUCGGACAGUGCUUCGACUGCUACUGUGGACGGUGAAUCUGUUACUCUGGGCUUUGCGACACAAAGUGCCACCGUUACUACUGCAUUUGUUAAGAUCAAUGGUGGAUCGACUGGUUUGAUUGUGGAUGACAUAUUUGUUACGGCUGUUUGA